ACUGCAGCCAGAGCACACGACAUCAAAUUGCCUGUCAAGAAACACUUCCACAUCGCAGGGGGUUUGGAGGUAAACAGUGCACAUGUGAUCGACGUUCCACGACAAUUUUAUGCACUCCUCCAAUUUACAAACCUGAAAAGAUUUGACGUAGAAGUUUCGAUCUCCUGCGGAUGCACAUCGUUUUCGUCUUCGCGAACGUCUCCCGCCUUCGAUAUCUUGUGAUUUUUAUUACGACUCUUUCAAAUCCUCCAGUUUAGAAAAUUCUAAAGAGCAUCAUGUCAGGAAAUAAUAACUACGCCGUGGUGAUCAAUUUCUACGAGAAGGUCGACCCGCCUCCGACGUUUCCGACCUUCGUAGAUGGAUGGCAUAACCUGGGAAAGUUCGUCAAAAAGCUAGACUAUUUCGUGGCAACACAGCUACAUAGCAAUGUGGAUCCGAAUGGUAAAUUCAAAUACAUGAACUAUGCCACGUUCAACGACACGAACCAGGUAGUGAUCAAGGACAUGACGCAACCAACACCCGAGCUACUCCAAGCUCUGGGGGAGAGCCAUGGUCCACCUGGACUACAGACAAACUAUCCAGGAGGGUAUCACGAGUCUCUUACGAGCGGAGGAGCGAUCGCACCAGAUCUUCCCGCCAAGCCUGCAUCAUGUUUUCUCAUAUCAGGCUUCAAGGCUUCAUCAGACAUCGACUCGCUUGACGUCGAAAAGGACAUCGAGCUUCUAACCGGUCUAGACAUCAUCAAAGACGCCUCCUCGACCGGAGGCAAGUUCCAAGUGGGUCCUUGGGCGCUCUACAGGCGCUUCACCCCUGCUAUCCCCUUCAAGCCCUAUGACUUUGUCUUCCGUCUCGAGCUCCAGGGCCUGGAAUCGGACCUGGAACCAGCCAAAGAGCUUGUCCAGAAGCUGAACCAAGCCCCGACGGUGGAUGGCAUCGAACGCUCCAUCACAGAUUUAUACAAAAUCGACCAAAAAGAUGUUGUUAGCCAUGAUUGAAGAUGAAUGGCGACAUCUUGUGAUGAAUUAACGUACAGGUUUGCAUCAGCGAGUAAUAAUAAUUGAGCGCUGCAAAUAAAAUAAUUAUUCAAAAUAUUACGCUAUGUAGAUGCUGGUUGCACUCGAGAAAACACAAAGUGAAAGCUCUGUUUGCAGGAAAUGUCAUUUUGUUUAUGUUCAAAAUAAAAAUGAAAUGUGCAAAUCGACGUAUGAAUAACAAAUGUGACUAUAAAAUGAGUCACUUCUCGUGUAGUAUUGUCAUAAACAAUGUUGUGUUAAUCCACGAAAAAGAUUUGUGACUCUAAUGGAAUGUAUGGUUAAAAUGAUGUUGUUUAAAUUAACUGAUAUUGCUGCAAGAUGAUAAUUGCAUGAAAUUUGUAGUGUGUUGCCACAUGGCUUUAAAUAACCGGCCAUAACUAUUGCUCAAACUUUCUUUAAUUAAACAUGAGCAAAUAGUAAGUAGGCCCUAAUCGUAAAAGGAAAAUCAAGACAUUUCCUCAUUGAUUAUGUUUAAAGUAGCAUGACAUUAAAAUAUGGGGGCGGCGGUAUCCUCUCCUGAGUAGAGGCGGGGUUAGAAAUUACUGUGAGAAUCACGAAUAUUAGACCCACUGCACAUUUCUUCUGGACCUUUUAGCGGUGGAGGGGCAGGGUUUACGCUGUGUUGGAUACACCAAUUGCUAUUCCCCCUCCCGUCAUAGCUCUUUCAAACUUAUUUUUAUAUUUCUUUGUCUCUUAAAAAUACCAUAGAAAUUCCACAAAUAAAAAGAUGUAUAUAGAUAUGAAUCCCUGAUCAAGGCACACUUUGUGUUUGUACCUCUUGCUCUCUAUAUACACGUUUAAUUGCCCCCCCCCCCUUCUCUCUCUCUCUCUCUCUCUCUCUCU